ACGAGUAUGUUAAAUAUUUCAUUCAUGAAAACCCAUUUCUUUUUCUAAUUGCAAUGACGAACGAAGCUGGUUGUAAUUCCCUACUAAUUAUCAUACAAUUUAUCUCAGAUUCAGUCUGGUGUAUUUUUUUCGCUCAACCAGUUAAGUUGCGAUUUAUAAAAAGGCUUUCAACUGCUUCACGGUCAUUAGUUGUAGCAUUGCAUCCAUUCCGUUAACUUACCACUUGUUAUUGCACUAGAAGUUGAAUCUUUUUUAUUAACCUCAAACAUGAAGUAUUUUUCUAUAAUCACAAUCUUAGUGUUAACUUUAUCUUCAAGUCUAGUGAAAGGGGAAACUGAGCAGUGGGAUGAAUGUGGUCUCGACUUAAGUCAGCCAACUGGCUUAGACAGUAUCGUCGACUUGAAAUUUCUAGGCAGAGCUCUGCGAAGUCUAUUGCCAUUUCAAAAACCUGAUGUUGCAAUGAAAUUCUAUUUGUACAAAAAAGCUUUUCCGACUUGUGGCCAGGAGAUACGAAUGGAUAAUGAUUCUUUGACGAAUUCAGGCUUUGAUCGAAAUCAUCCAACAAGAAUAAUUAUUCAUGGCUGGUUGAGUCAAUCUAAGGCGUCUCUAAAUCGUGACAUCAAAGACGCCUACUUAAGUGUCGGUGAUUUUAAUGUGAUCGUAGUUGAUUGGAGUAUCGCUUCUAGCACUCUUAACUAUUACCGAGUCGUGAGAUUGAUUGAAGACUUUGGCCAAAUUGUUGCUGAUUUCGCCAGAUAUCUCCAUAAUACUGCCAAUGCGGAUUAUGAUGAUAUUUAUUUGAUUGGUCAUAGUCUUGGGGCACAAAUAGCUGGAAGUGCUGGGAAACGUUUGAAACCUGAUCAAUUCAAUACCAUCUUUGCUCUUGAUCCAGCUGGACCGGCUUUUAGAGAGAAGGACUUGGAGUGUAGAAUUGAUCCUACUGAUGCCAAAUAUGUUGAGUCCAUUCAGACAAGUGUGAAUUUGGGAUUGCUUCAGCCUGUUGGUAAUGCGACUUUCUUCCCAAAUAAUGGAGUCUAUCAAAAGUGUCUGGGUUUUGGAUGUUCACAUAGUCGAGCUUAUCAGUUCUUUGCUGAAUCUAUAACUAGUCCGAUUGGUUUUUGGGGAACUGUGUGUGAUAAUGCAAAGAGAAAGUGGCAUUGUCCUGAGAAGGGGACACAAUACAAAAUGGGUGGAGAACCAUCACAGCAGAAGAAUGGAACUUUUUAUGUUAGAACCAGAGGUCAUGCGCCAUAUGCGAUUGGAAAAAAUUUAGAAUAUGUGUACGCGUAA